CGCAGAACAGCCAAUUCGCGCUGACGAGCUCCCUCCGACUAUUUCCCCGACCUCCCGUGUCUCGAUUGAGCACACGAGCAUAAUUUCCAUAAUUUCCAUCCCCCCCCAGCAGCGCAGCCCCGGCCGAACGCUACCGAUACCCUUCCCUCUUUCGUCUUCCCGCUUUCCAACGAUGGGGAAGCUCCCCUCCACCAUCCUCCGCCGGCCGUCGCUGGCCGGCCCCGUCUCGCAACACACGGUCACCCAAUCAUUAUCAUCACCACAGGCGGCGGCGGCGGCGGCGGCGGCGGCCAACCAGGUCCGGCACGCGACUUUCGUUCCCCGGCCGCGGCGGCCCUACCAGUUCACGCAGCUCGUCCAGCUGAGCGACGGCUCGACCUUCACGAUGCGCACCACCUCCCCGCUGGCGCUGUACAAGUCGGCCAAGGACAGCCGCAACCACAUCUUGUGGCAGCCGACCGAGAAGACGCUGCGCAACGUCGAGGUGGACGAGGCCGGCAAGCUGGCCGCCUUCCGGGAGCGCUACGGCACCUCGUGGGAUCUGGAGGCCCCUCCAUCUGCUGCUCCUGCUGCUGCUGCUGCCGCCGCCGAAGCUCCCGCUGGUGGGAAGCAGGAGGGUGCCCGAGCAGGCUCUGCUGCUGAUGGCGACGGGAAGAAGGCCGAGGGCAAGGCAGCUGAGCAGGUCCAGGCGUCGACACAACAAGCAGCGCCGGCGGAGGAUGCGUUUGACUCGCUCGUCGACCUCAUCAGCGCGUACGCUACAGAGGACAAGAACAUCAAGGGCGGAUUGAGCGCCAAGGACCAGGCGAGGAAGGAUAGGAGCGGCAAGAAGAAAUAA